AUGACCCGUUUGGGGCCAUAUAGGAUUAACGGGUUGCAUGCCUAUGAACUGGUUGGAAUUGGGUUUGGUGACUUAUAUAGUACUGGCCCAGUGGUCUGAUAAACAUGUUCAUUUGCUGUUGGUAUUGCCAAGCCUGUGAGUGAUAAAUGCUUUCCAUGUCUCGGGACCUAAGUAGUUUAGUUUGCCUAAAACAUGGUUGAUUGGUUCAAAGUUGUGAAAUUUUAUAAUUAUCCAUUUUGGGACAAAAUUUUGGUUUUCAAAAAAAUAACAGUGCAAUUAUGGUUUUGAAAGUUUAAAGAUAUCGUAAUAUUUUUAUUACCUUAGCUCAUUGCUGCAACUGUAAUAAAUGAUUAUGAAACUUGGAUGAUAAGUUUAUGUGUGUUUUUUCUGCUCACUAAUUGUUUGUAGAAUGCAUCUUAUAUAUACGUCUAUGAAGAAGUUUGUAAUCUAUCUUUUGAAAUUAGAGUUCAAAGAUUAAAGUGUUCAAGUUUCUGACUCAAGAUGGCAACAGCUGGAGAAAACGACAGUAAUGCUCUGGCGGUGAUUGAAGGGGACAAUGCUCAGACUUAUCCAGAAUCACAGCCUAACAAACGCAGGAAAAAGAAAUCCAUAGUCUGGGAGCAUUUUACAAUAGAAACUAUAAGUCCUGAUUGUAGAAGGGCAUUCUGUAUGCAGUGCAAGCAAAGUUUUGCAUAUAGUACUGGAUCUAAAGUAGCUGGUACCAGCCAUCUCAAGCGGCAUAUUGCCAAGGGAACCUGCACAGCUCUACUGCGCAAUCAAGCGAAUCAAUCAUCACCAUUUACUCCUGGGAGUGGAAAUGGCAGUGUAACUGAUCCACCAAAACGUCGUUACAGAUCCCCUAGCACACCAUAUGUUGCGUUUGAUGCAGAGCGUUGCCGCAAUGAAAUUGCUAGGAUGGUCAUCAUGCAUGACUACCCUCUUCACAUGGUUGAGCAUUCUGGCUUCGUAUCUUUUGUUCAAAAUCUUCAACCUAGGUUCAACACUGUCAGCUUCAAUACCGUCCAUGGGGAUUGUGUUGGAACGUACUUGAGGGAAAAGCAGAAUGUUAUGAAGUUUAUUGAGGGAAUGCCUGGACGAGUUUGCCUUACCUUGGACAUGUGGAUCUCAAGUCAAAGUUUAUACUAUGUCUUUGUUACUGGGCACUUCAUUGAUAGUGAUUGGAAGCCACAUAAGCGGGUGCUUAAUGUUGUGAUGGAACCAUAUCCGGAUUCAGAUACUGCUCUCAGCCAUGCUGUUGCUUGUUGCCUUUCGGAUUGGAGUUUGGAGGGCAAACUAUUCUCUGUUACUUUCAAUCAUCCAGUGAGCGAAGCUGGGCUUGAAAAUCUUAGAUCCCUACUUUGCCUUAAAAAUCCUCUCAUUCUCAAUGGUCAAUUGUUGAUUGGGAAUUGCAUUGCCCAAACUUUAGGUAACCUUGCAAAGGAGGUGUUAUGGGCUGGGCGGGACAUUAUCAAGAAAAUCCGUGAUAGUGUAAAGUAUGCAAAGACUUCGGAAUCUCAUGAGGAAAAAUUUCUUGACCUAAAGCAACAACUCCAAGUCCCCAGUGAGAAAGAUCUAUCCAUUGAUGAUCAAUCUCAAUGGAAUACAACAUAUCAGAUGCUGGUGGCCGCAUCAGAGCUAAAAGAAGUUUUUGCUUGCUUGGAUACAUCUGAUCCUGAUUACAAAGAGGCCCCAUCCAUGGAAGACUGGAGGCAGGUUCAGACUUUAUGUGCUUUCCUGAAACCUCUCUAUGAUGCAGUUAGCAUGCUUAACUCCACAACUAAUCCGACAACAGUUGUGUUCUUUCACGAAGUAUGGAAGAUCCAGACAGAUCUGGCUCAUGCAGUUAUAUAUGAGGAGCCAUUCGUCAGCAGUCUUACCAAAUCCAUGCAAGAAAAGCUAACCAAAUACUGGAAGGAUUGCAGCUUGGUAUUGGCAAUUGCAGUAGUCAUGGAUCCCCGUUUCAAGAUGAAGCUCGUCGAGUUCAGUUUUAGAAAAAUGUACGGUGAAGAUGCAGAGUCAUAUAUCAAAAUUGUUGAUGAGGGGAUCCAUGAGCUCUUUCUCGAGUACGUAGCACUUCCGUUGCCUCUAACUCCGACUUAUGCUGAAGAAGGUAAUGACAGCAAUAUCAAAAUAGAGGACCACCCGGGCACUCUUCUGACAGACAAUGGACUCACUGAUUUUGAUGUCUAUAUCAUGGAGUCUGCAAGCCAGCAGAUGAAGUCAGAGCUGGAUCAGUACUUGGAAGAGUCUUUAUUGCCUCGUCUGCAUGAUUUUGACGUGUUAGGGUGGUGGAAGUUGAACAAACAGAAAUACCCAACUCUUACCAAGAUGGCUCGCGAUAUAUUAAGUAUUCCAGUAUGCUCUGCUACUCCUGACUCCAUAUUUGAUACUAUGACUAAAGAGCUGGAUCCAUACCGGAGUUCUUUGCGACCCGAGACGGUGGAAGCCCUUGUGUGCGCUAAGGACUGGCUUCAGUAUGUAUCUGUCGACGUUCCUUCGAAUGCAAUUGUGAAAAUGGAAUUUUAGGUAUAGAGUUUGCUCGAGUAUGAUGUGUAAUGAUGGUAGGUUUAGUUCUAUGAGUCAGCAGUAGGUAACCUCAUGUGUUAGCAAAAGCUUCUAGGUUGUUCAGAAAUAGCCAACACUCUUUUAACCAUACAAAUCAGAUUGUCUGUUAUUUUAAUGGUUAUUUGGUUUUGUCAACACUAAGAUGUAUUUAAAAUCAAAUACCGUUGAUUGUUCA